CGCGCAGCUGCCGCCCAGGGGCCAGGGCCCACACGUUGGACAGCUGGCUUCCAAUGCACAUAUUCUAACAACGUAGGCCUUCAGUGCGCACCUGCAUCAUCCACCAUUCACUCUCUUUUCUUCACCUCCUCAACACCAUCGAGGUUUCGUUUUUCGCGCAGGCCUGGCACUGUAACACGCGAGCGACAUACCCCCGUGGCCGAGUAGGAGCGCGUCAGAGCCUCCAGCACUGCCGGCACCAUGUCUGGACUUCGCUUCCUCGACCUCGUGAAGCCCUUCACGCCCCUCAUUCCCGAAGUCCAAGUACCCGAGACGAAGGUCGCCUUCAACCAGAGGAUAAUAUGGACGAGCGUGACUCUGGUCAUAUUUCUGGUGAUGAGUCAGAUGCCACUCUACGGCAUCGUAUCAUCAGAUACUUCGGACCCACUUUACUGGCUGCGUAUGAUGAUGGCUAGUAAUCGAGGAACACUCAUGGAGCUGGGAAUCACACCCAUCAUCUCUUCAGGCAUGGUUUUCCAGCUUCUUGCUGGCACCCACCUCAUCGAUGUCAACCUGGACCUCAAGUCGGACCGAGAACUCUACCAGACCGCGCAGAAGCUGCUUGCCAUCAUCUUGUCUUUCGGACAAGCUUGUGUCUACGUGCUCACCGGUCUCUACGGUCGCCCAGCCGACCUUGGUGCGGGUAUCUGUGUUCUCCUGGUCGUUCAACUCCUCACUGCCGCUCUGAUCGUCAUUCUGCUCGACGAACUUCUGCAAAAGGGCUACGGACUCGGAAGUGGAAUUUCGUUGUUUAUUGCGACCAACAUUUGCGAGUCUAUCGUCUGGAGAGCUUUCUCGCCAACUACUGUCAACACUGGCCGUGGACCAGAGUUCGAGGGUGCAAUCAUUGCGCUUGUCCAUCUUCUGGUAACGUGGCCAAACAAGCAGCUUGCGCUUCGAGAGGCCUUCUAUCGCCAGAACUUGCCAAACAUCAUGAAUCUGCUGUCCACGAUCAUUGUCUUCAGCGCCGUCAUCUACUUGCAAGGAUUCCGCGUGGAGAUCCCAGUCAAGUCUUCCAGGCAACGAGGCAUGCGUGGAUCCUACCCGGUCCGACUUUUCUACACUUCGAACAUGCCUAUCAUGCUGCAGUCCGCAUUGUCUUCCAACGUCUUCCUCGUGUCGCAGAUGCUCUACAACAAGCUGCCAGACAACCUUUUGGUCAAGCUUCUUGGCGUUUGGGAGGCUAAGGAGGGCACUUCGCAAGUCCUGCCAGCCAGCGGUCUUGUCUACUACAUGAGCCCACCGCUCAACAUCACUGAUGCUCUCUUGGACCCAAUCCACACCGCCGUCUUCGUCGUCUACAUGCUUGUGGCAUGUGCUGCCUUCAGCAAGACCUGGAUCGAGGUAUCUGGAUCUAGCCCUCGUGACGUGGCCAAGCAACUCAAGGAACAAGGACUGGUGAUGGCUGGUCAUCGUGAUGAGAGCAUGUACCGCGAACUGAAGCGUGUCAUCCCUACUGCUGCCGCCUUCGGAGGUGCGUGUAUCGGUGCUCUCUCCAUCGUCAGCGACAUGAUGGGAGCUCUGGGAAGUGGUACUGGUAUCCUCAUGGCUGUCACCAUCAUCUACUCUUACUUCGAAAUCGCAGCCAAGGAAGGCGAUAUGGCGGGCCUUAAGGGCAUGGUUAUGGGUUAAGUUGGAUGCUCAAGUUGAAGGUGAGGCACCUUGUGCAUAGCGUAGUGUACUAGCAACAGAACGUCGCAAAAGCGAAGCAUUGGAUUGAGCCUUUUGAAUGCCUCAGCCUCAGCGGCUCCUGCUGCACGUACCCGGUGGCACCUCCGCAUGAAAGUGCACGUGCAGCUUGGAGCUCUGCCGUCUUCCCCAGCCAACUUCCCCGCUCACUUCCCAAACGGUCAGCAGUCUUGUGCAUCA